UCGACUUGUCUUACUCAGUUGCCUGUGUCGUCGAUGUCCACCUUCAUAACCCAAAAAUACAUCUGUGAGUCGAUUUGCAACUUGAUUUUUGCAGCUGAAAACAGGCUUUUUACAUAGGGUUGAUUGGUAGUCUUUAAGUCUUCUUCUUUCUUCCGUAAGAGUACAUUUGAAGGGCGAAACAUGGAUGCUUCGGUGGCAAAGAAACGGCGUAUGGAGUCCAGCAACGGCAGUGGAACCGAGAAAGAUUCUGACCAGACGAGCUAUGUGGAAACGACCAGCGAGAAUGGCAAGACGUCACUCAUGUUUGGCCUGAAGGAGGAGGUUGGGACCCUUGCUCGCACACUCAAGCUGUUUGAGGAACACAAUAUCAACUUGUCCCAGAUAGAGUCCCGCCCGUCCAAGCGUAACCCUGGCAACUAUGAGUUCUUCGUCCUCUGUGAGGAGUCGACAGAGAAGUUGGACAGCAUCAUCACCAAGCUGCAGGAAAAGGCAGUGUACGUGCACAUCAUGUCACGCUCUCAGAAAGAAAACUCUAGUUCAGUGAAGGAGAUUCCUUGGUUCCCAAGAAAGAUCAAGGACACUGAUGAGUUUGCUAAUAACAUCCUCAGUUAUGGCUCGGAGUUGGAUUCAGAUCACCCUGGCUUCACGGACACAGUGUAUCGGGCAAGGCGCAAGGAGUUUGCGGAUAUCGCCUUUAAUUACAAGUAUAACACUCCGAUUCCAAGGGUCACCUACACUGAGGAUGAGAUCAAGACUUGGGGGACCAUGUUCAGGGAGCUGACCAAGCUAUUCCCGACCCAUGCCUGCAGGGAGUUUAAUCACAUCUUCCCUCUCCUUGUGGAGAACUGUGGCUACAGAGAAGACAACAUCCCUCAGCUAGAAGAUGUCUCUUCAUUCCUCAAAGACUGCACUGGCUUUAGCCUGCGUCCGGUAGCUGGACUUCUCUCCUCCCGAGACUUUCUUGCUGGUCUUGCCUUCCGCGUGUUUCACAGCACUCAGUACAUCAGGCAUGGCUCCAAUCCAUGGUACACACCCGAACCUGACGUUUGCCACGAGCUGAUUGGUCAUGUGCCACUCUUUGCCGAUCCCAGCUUUGCACAGUUUUCCCAGGAGAUCGGGCUUGCGUCCCUUGGUGCUCCUGAUGAGUUCAUUGAGAAGUUAGCAACUUGCUACUGGUUUACAGUGGAGUUUGGGAUGUGUAUUCAGAAUGGAGAACACAAAGCGUAUGGUGCCGGCCUCUUGUCAUCCUAUGGGGAGCUCCAGUACUGCCUAACAGACAAGCCAGAGAUUAGACGCUUUGAACCAGCCAAGACUGCCUUGCAGAAGUAUCCCGUCACCAACUUCCAACCCGUCUAUUUUGUUGCCGAGAGCUUUGAAGAUGCCAAGGAUAAGAUGAGGCAUUAUGCAGCUAGCAUCCCAAGGCCCUUCUCAUUACGCUACAAUGCCUACACUCAAUCAGUGGAGGUCUUGGAGAAGAAGCAACAACUGAAAGACCUGGCUCAAUCCAUCAAAGGUGAUCUGAGCAUCUUAAUUGAUGCAGUCAACAAAGUGAACUAGAGAGAAGCAGUUCUUCCAAUCAAUCAUCGUCAACUUCUAAAUGUCAGAAACCUGUAUCAGAAAGAUUAGCUGAAUCUUUUAACAGAGACCACUCCUGUAAAAUCAUCAGCAUACACACUGCACCACACAGCCCAAACACAGCAAAAGUAGAAUGUUGACUUGUUGACACAAGGGAGACUUUUAGAGGGUCCUUUUUUACAGUACAGCGCAUGCUCGGACCUACGCGAGCAGUACUGAGCUUGCCCGUCACGCUCAGAGCCUCAACAUAAGGACCGUUUUGUCUGCUGCCGCCAGCGUCUCAAAAGUCUCCUAUUGUCUCCAGUAAAAGUGCCUGGGCAGUAUGGGAAAGCUCCAUUAAAGAAAAAAGGUCAGAAUAAAAACAUUACCUUCCUCUAGCAACCCACACCUGUUAUUUCUAUGUAUUUCCUUUACCAGUACAUUAGGAUCCUGCUGACUGCUCUGGGCAGAUGAACUGCUUUGCCAUUCAGUUUACUGACCCAAGUAUUUUGAUGUAAACGCACUCACCCAUUGGAAAGGAUACUGUUACUCUCCGAGUGUAUGUGGCCAAAUUCGGAAAUUCUUUAAUGUAGCAUUCCCUUAACGGGAAACAUUAUUGGAAACAUAAUUUUUUACUUUGGUUUAAAAAAUGUAGAUUGUAUGCCAACAUGGAAAAUGUCAAAUAGGACCUUUUAUGUAAAACUUGUGGUUCAGUGGAGUUAAGUGAAGUCUUAAUAUCACUUAACUUCUGUAUUUUGAAAGAAAGUAGAAGUGUGAGUGUAGAAAUAUUUGACAAUCUGGUUCAAUUCAACAGCCUCCUGGCUUCAUUGGUAGCGUGAUUCUCUUAAGUGGUAUUACAUAACCUCAGUAUUAUAUUUUUGAUAUAAUAAUAAUAGGAAAUCAUACACCUACAUCAUUUUGUCAUAUAAUGAUAGCAUUACACAUUUAGCUUUAAAAUUCUUCACCUAAAAUGAAGAUAUUGUAUCUGCAGUCGGAUAUUCAGCCUGGUUUUUUUCAUCAUUAUUUUUUACCAUAUUUAGGUAUCUGAAAAGCAAGGUACAAAGUUCGGUGUUAAGCCAUUUUCUAUUUUGUUUAAAUUCAAAUUGUCAAUCUUUAUCAUGGAUAUUCUGAUUAAAUUUUACUUUAAUUGAGCCUACAGGAGCUCCCUUGUGGGGUAUUUUACAAAACGGAACAAUGGACCCUACAAGGUAAUUCUUUGUUCAACCUGGACCCCACAAGGGAAUUACUUGUUCAAUUUGGACCCCAAACGGUAUUUUUUUUGUGGAGAACCCCACAGAUCAGAUCCGGAAAGUUGCCUGUGUUUGCACUUACACACACCAACCUAUGGGGUUCUUUUAACAUUAGAGCAAUGCUGUCUCACAAGGUUGUCUUUGUUCUUGUGAUACUACACAAAGAAUUGCUUCAGAAAAGGAAUAGUUUUACAAUAAUUGAAGUACUCCACAUACCUAGUAUUGAGAAGGGUGUGACAAGUUUUCUGUUUUUGUUUUUGUGACCUCGUGAUCUGAAAAGUCAAUUCCACUAGAAAAGUCAUGAAAAACUUUCCAUUUUGCAAACUGAAUAACCCAUUUCAAGAUUUAGUACAUGCAGUCUAAACUUUUUAAAAAUCCCUCCGUCUGUUGUAGAUGCUGACAGUGUUUUGUUUAAGUACAUACCAUUUAGAUUUGUCUUUUCAUUUUUGAGCUUGUACAUUAGCAAAAAAAGACAUUCCUCUGGAAAGAGAGUUCAGUAGGAUUUGAAACUUUGCAUGGUGGAAAACCGAUAUGGAAAGGGUUGCGGUAUAACCAUGUUAUGACUAUCUCUAAUGAGUUGGGGUGGUCCUGAGAAGAACAGACAGCUUUCUCCAGAAGACGAUAAGAGCAUACU